AUGCCAGGCGAUUUCUCGUCCACAGUUAUCAGCCUCUUCCAUUCAAAGCGGGCACAGGCUACUGAGCAGGGAGGACUCCUGAGCGGGACGGACCCGACCGAAUUCAAUGAAAGGGAUCCCAUACGACUAUGGAUCGUCCAAGUUGGGAUCAUCGUACUUACUACCCAGUUGCUGUCCUUGGCACUGCGCAAGAUGAGGCAGCCCAAGGUCAUCGCCGAGGUUCUUGGAGGGAUCCUUUUAGGACCAACUGCAUUCGGACGAGUGCCGGGAUUCACUGAUCACAUAUUCCCCCAGCAAUCCAUACCAUACCUCACCCUCGUCGCCAACAUCGGCCUCUGCCUGUUCCUUUUCCUCGUCGGUCUGGAAAUAGAUGGAGCCGUCAUUAGGCGCAAUGCGAGGCUCUCGACCAUCGUCGCCCUUGCAGGCAUGAUACUUCCGUUCGGGCUCGGAGCAGCUUUAUCAGUUCCGUUGUACAAGGAGUUCGUCGACGAAAACGUCAAGUUCACCCACUUCAUGCUCUUCACCGGAGUUGCUUAUUCCAUCACCGCAUUUCCCGUGCUAUGUCGCAUACUGACUGAACUCAAGCUCCUCGACACGACUGUCGGGAUUGUGGUGCUGUCAGCGGGAGUGGGCAACGAUGUUAUCGGAUGGGUGCUACUGGCCCUCAGUGUCGCUCUCGUCAAUGCCGGCUCCGGUCUGACGGCCUUGUACAUCUUGCUGGUGUGCGUAGGCUGGACUGUAUUCUUGGUCGUGCCCGUGAAAUACGCCUUGCGGUGGGUUGCGCGCAAGACCGGAUCUCUAGAGAACGGCCCUACUAUGUUCUUCAUGACCGUGACGAUCGUCCUAGUCUUCGGAUCUGCGUUCUUCACCGAUAUUAUUGGCGUCCAUGCAAUUUUUGGAGCGUUUAUCGUUGGGCUAAUCGUACCCCGAGAUGGCGGACUUGCGAUCGCACUGACCGAGAAGCUAGAGGAUAUGGUAUCGAUAAUUUUCUUGCCAUUGUAUUUUACUCUAUCUGGCCUCAAUACUAAUCUUGGUCUCCUCGAUGAUGGCAUUACUUGGGGAUAUACUAUCGCAAUCUGUGCCCUUGCUUUCAUUGGUAAAUUUGGAGGAUGCACCCUUGCAUCGAAGUACAUCGCUGGUUUCAAUUGGCGUGAAUCAACUACUAUCGGGUCCCUCAUGUCCUGCAAAGGCUUGGUUGAGCUUAUCGUUCUAAACGUUGGCCUGUCAGCUCACAUCCUUUCACCCAAAGUCUUCUCGAUGUUCGUCCUUGAGGCACUUCUCUUGACCUUCAUGACUACGCCUCUGGUUACUACUCUGUACCCUCCUCAAUACCGUGUCCGAGUGGCCGCUACAGGACCUAACUUUAAUAACGUAGCCGAUGACGAACAAGCCCAAAGGCCUCGUCGAGCGACAUCACGAUUAUCCGACAACUCGAAAAUGUCCUUCACCGUGGUCCUAGAUAAGAUCCAACACGUCCCCGGAAUGAUGUCUCUCGUUCAGCUACUGCAGCCCGCUAUCCCCAGUACCAAAUCCGAUGCUGAAACCUCUUCUCAAACUGGGAAGGUACGACGUUCGUUGUCCGGAAGUCUGGCCAGCCACGAGGAACAGAAGCUUCAUGUCGACGCCCUGCGGAUUUUGGAACUCUCCGAUCGCACGUCUGCGGUGAUGAUGUCUUCAGCCCACAAUACCCUUCUUCAGACGGAUCCGGUACUCGCCAUCUUCAAGACUUUCGGACAACUUCAUGAUAUACCCAUCACCACAUCCAUAUCCAUCGUGCCGUUCGACGAUUUAUCAUAUAGUGUAGCUGAGCAUGCCCGUAAUCAUGGCUCAGACAUGAUCAUGCUCCCUUGGCUACCGCCCAGCGCCAUCACCGACCAUCACAACGUACCGCCUGAAGCACAAACCCCAAAGGCACAGUCUCAUUCGAAUAACCCCUUCGAUGCCUUGUUCAAGUCUAAUUCCGUCAGUACUGAAAGGUCUGAGUCUAUAAUCCACUCGCAACUCGUCCGAGGGGUAUUCGCCCAGUCAACCAUCGACGUAGCGUUGUUCAUUGACCAAGGGAAUCCGAAUAACCACUCGAAGAGCUCUCGCCAUCUAUUCCUGCCUUUCUUCGGAGGACCUGAUGAUCGCCUAGCGCUGGAUUUUGUCGUUCGUUUAUGUGCCAACCCCAAGGUGACUGCGUCUGUAGUACGGCUAACGAAAAUGGAUGUGGAGAGACCUGCCGUGCUCGCGCCAGUGCACACGUCGAAGGAGAUGGAAGAAGUAAACGCUAUUACUGUUGCAUCCGCUGUUGCAGGCAUUCCCGACACUGUGUAUGGCCGAGCCGACACAGAAGUCCGCUUGCAAUCAGAUACAGCGGACAACAUCGCUUGGUCUCGCUACACGAAGCCGCAAGGCGACGACGUCCACAAUGCAGCACUAUCGCAGAUCCAAUUCACUGAGCUAGCGACACCAGUACCACUACAUGCCAUGCUAUCUCAAGUCCAUGCCUUACGUGACGAUGUAAUGCUCGUGACCGGACGUUCACGGCGAUUAGCUGUGGAAAACCAUUCGCUUGAAUUGAAAGAUAUAAUGGAAGAACACGGAGUUAUCGGUACAGAGGUCAAGAAGGCCAUCGGGGACGUCGCCACGGCAUGCGUCUCUGUUGGUUGCGGGUCUGCAGUCAUCGUCGUCCAAGCAGCGACGGCUUAG